UUCGGACAUAUAUCGGCACAUUUUUUGUCCAACAACUUAAUCUUAUGGAUAAAAACAACUUUGUAGCUGAAUAAGAAUACAGAAACUGACGGCAGUACAGAAAAUCAACAUGGACAACUCAAAAAUCAAAGAAUGUACAACUAAAGGAGAUAAAAGCGAGAGUCCUGAAGCAGAAAAAACUCCUAAAGAAAGAGAAACCACAUUAAAAGAAAACAUGCAACGGAGAGUUAUUCUGGUAUAUAAGGAUAUAGAAGCGUUUCUUAAAAGUGAUAAGUAUAAUCGGGAACUUCGAAGUGAACUUGAAAAAUCAAAACCAAAUUAUCUUGAUGUACUAAAGAAAUGGAGAAAUAAUUUGGAAAACUCUGACCAUGGCAUUGUUAUUGCAGGAGAAACAAGCGCUGGAAAAUCAACACUGAUAAAUAAGAUUUUGGGGAAAAUGUUGUUUAAGGGCCGCAACCAAGAGUCAACCUCUACAGUAUGUAAACUACGUAAUUCAGAAAGGACAAGAAUCAUUACUACAACCAUGACGGGGGAAACUGAGACGACAGACUUCACAGACAAGUGUGAUCUGGAAACAAAAGAAGGUGUGAAGAUGCUGAGAGAUUUCUUAAAAGAACGUACAGACAUGAAGUCGUCGACUAAAAGCGUAGCAAAUCGAAGCGUUGAGAUUGAACUUCCGUUUCCUUUUCUCGAGUGUAAUAUGAUUCUCGUGGACACACCUGGCAUCGGUGGCUCUGGAGAAGUAACACAAAAGCUAAAUGAUUACCUUCCCAACGCAUUGAUAUUUAUUUUUGUGAUAAAUGCAGCUAGUGCUGGGGGAAUGCAACAUGACAGGCUUCCACAAUUGAUGAAAUCAAUAGUUCUUCUUCAAAUUGACAACUCAAUGCCAUGUUUCAAUGAAGAAAACGUAAUAUUUAUAACUAAUAAAUGGGAUUCCAUUCCAAAUGAAGAGGACGAUAGCAGUGACGAGGACGAUGAAACAAAAACAUGGACUACUUUGAAAGACGACAUCAAAGAGAGAUGGCAAUCAGUGAAUGAGGAGUUUAUUUUCAAAAUGAAUUUAAAAGAGGUUUCUCCAGGAAAAAAUAAUUUUUCAACAGACCAAUUUGGGAAAUUUAAAAAGGUUUUAGGGGCUAUGGUCACACAAGCUGAGAACAACAGAAUCAUGCAACAUUUGAGAUUUUUACAGGAAAUUUUAAAUAAUAUAUCAAAAGGUCUGCAUGCAAGAAUAGAUCUAGAAAAAAAGACUGAAGAAGAACAAAGGUUGUUGGCUGAUCGACAUCAAAAGCAAAUUAAUGAAUUGACCGAAGAAUGCAAACAGGCUAGACAACGGUUCUUAGAAAAAACCAAUGAAACAAAAGAAGUCAUUGCACAGGAAUGUUAUACUUACAUGUCAACAGAUGCAGGAAAAGACAAAAUAUUGAAUCCUUCAGGUCGUACACCUAUUUCCAAAGUAGACUGGAGUAAAACAGAUUUUGAAAAGGAAAUAACAUCAAGGAUCGAUUCAUACGUUGAAACUUAUCUAAAGUCCGAUGUAGUGUUGGAGAAGUAUGAUGACAUUAAAAAAGCGGUCAAUUCAUUUCAUGAUAAGAUGGAAGGAAUUAUCCUAGAAAUGGAAAGUGAAUGGAUACAAACUCGGCAAGUCAAACCUGGAUUCAAUCCGACCAAAUGGUUGAUAUCAUUCGGGCUAUUAACUUCUACAAUGUGGUUUGCUGCACUUGCCAGUGGGUUUGGUAUAGCUACUGCCGUCCUUGCUGGUGUUUCAUUUGUUGUUUGCUCGUUACUUGGAUGGUAUAAAAAGACAGAUGUUGAGAUAUACACUGAGUACAACAGAAAGAAGGCGACCAUUCGAAAAAAUAUAUGCAAACAUCUUGAUGAAAGUUGUGGUCUGAUCAUCAAUAAACUGGUCGAUAAAGUAACAGACGAUAUCCUUCCUAAACGUAUAGAGACACUCCAAAUAAUGAUACGACAAAUAUUAGAGACACGUGAUAAGGUUCUAGCCAACCGAGAAGUACUUAAAAAUCUUUCAAUGAAGAUAAAUGUCAUGGAGGAAACUGUCACAGAACUUACAAAGUCCUUAAGUUCUUAAAAAGGAUGCUUUGAACUUAAUGUUAUUGUUUUGAUAAUUAACGUCAACAUAAAAGAAUAUGAAUAAACAUACGCUAUCUAUAUACAUUUGUAUAACGCAUUUACUUUAACAAAUUUCUACAGAAUCUCCGUUAUGAUACUUGUAUUGUUUAAUACCAGUGCUGCUGAAGUCGUGAUUAUUUCGGAUUGCUGUUAACUUUGAUUGUUGUUAACUUUAAUAAUUUGCAAAAAUCACUGGUCUAGACAUUAGUGCUCUGUUUGUAGAUUAUAAAAAUAUGUACUUGGUUAAUUAUUAGUCUUAGUAUGAUUAUCAGUUACGUUUUGUUAAAAUGUUAUUAGAAAUUAAGGUAAGCCGGUAAAUGUGUGCUACUUCGUGUAUUUAAAGCUCAAUUCUUCUCCCACUACAACAGAGCGUGCUAAGUACAUAAUAACACAACAUGAGCUUAUUGAGAGCAACAAUCGAAGGAAUUUUCCAUGCGAUUUUGAAAACAGAGUUAGCCACGAUUCGAAGAAAAAAUUUCUUGAGAAAAAAGUUGAACUUUACGUGGUGAUUUAAUUUUGAAUUUUAAUUAUUAAAUUCAUUGUAAGAAGUAUGUAAAAUUCACCACUACUAUAUCAUAAUAUUACAUUACUAUAUAAUAUAGCCAUUUCUUUGUCAUGAGGAGCUUAUGAUAUUUAGUUCAUAUAGAUUCUCAAGAUCUUUGUUCCAACAUGCCAACACCUGGUGGGUGCCCUAGCUAAGGUGUUGAAGGAAUGUCUCCUCCUUUAUAUGGGGAGUAGCCUGUGACCCAGUCUGUAUAUAAAAAAAGCAGGCAUAAAGACCGCUUCCAGAUGACUACUCUUUUAUUUUGAUAUAACAUUUUCAUAUGACAUUUUAACAAUAAAUAUUAAUAUUAAUUAGAAUGAUAUUUAUCAUCAUUAAUAUUCAUUACAAAAAAAUCUGAAAAUAAAAUAUUAGUCUAUUAAAAUUACUUUUGAGAAUGCGCGCAAGUGUCAUAUCUUAUCUUACCUGUUUAAAAGGAGGAGGCAGAAAGGCAGCUUCCAAAUGACUACUAGAGAGUUGUGAUAUAAUUACACGUAUUUUGCUGAUUUGCAAAUACUUUGUAUGCGGUUUUUUUUAUUUUUAUUUCAAAAUUGCAGCAAACAAAUACCGGUACAUGUACUCUUCUUGUUAAAUAUAUUUCUGUUAAUUUAACUUCGCCUGUAUGUCUAAUUUUAAUUUAAGAAUGCUUUUGAUUGAAAUCCAAUAAAGGUCAGUGU